AUGAAUAGGUAAAAUUAGGAAUCUCCUUUGAGGAAAUCUUUAGAAAAAAUAGACUCUAUGCUUUCAUUAGCUAAGAAUUCUUCUUCUGUUUAUACUCCUAAAAAACAAACUUCAAAUAUAUAAUCACGUCCUAUAUCAGCUUAGCGCUACUCUUCUAAAUAAGUCUAAUAAUCUUUGGUCUCAAACGGCUUUUCCACUCCUCUUAGAAAUGGAACUUCUACAAAUCUCAAAAGUAGCAGCAACUCCAAGCAAAUGAGAGGAUCUAGUUUACAUAGCAGUUAAGCUAAGCAGUUGUAAUAGAGUAAGAAAAGUAGCACAAAUUUAAAUAAUAGCAGUAAUGGAUUUUAAAAUUAUAGUAGUCUAAUUGAAAUGAGUCCUUCAAAAAGAGGAGUAUAGCAUACUACUUAAUCAGUAUUAUUUCACACAAAUAUUAGUGGAACUCAUGUUAAAUAUACUGAAAAUGCUGCUGACAAGACUUCUAUCACUAAAUUAGGUUUGAAACUCCAACCUAUUUGCAUCAAAGAAGGUCAUGAUAGAAGUAAAAUUUCUUAUGUCUGUACAGAUAUUCAUUGCUAAAAUCAGCAGAAAUUUGGAUGCGCUCAUUGUUUCUUAGAAGAUCAUGGCGAACAUGCUAUAAGAAAACUAAGAAUUGAAGAUUUUAUAAAUAGCAUAGAAUUUAAAUACCAAUAAUAUAUGGAUAGUGUGUGCAACUUAGCAAAUUUAGCUAAUAUGAUGCAUAACCCUGCUUUUUUAAAGGGUAUUCUUAUCUAGUUAGAUAAGCUUAAAGAAGAAUUUAUAUAGAGAGUAGACAUCAUCAAAGAAAAGGUUUAAAGUAUAAUUUAAGAAGAAAUAAGCCAAGAUAAUUUUAUCAUUGAAAAUGAAGUCGAUAAGCAACAAACUUAUCUUUAACAACUUAAAAAAGCAAUGCAAAAAAAUAUUUUUGAAAUGAGUGAUGAUGAAUUUGGGUAUGCCUUAAACAUCCACCAUGAUACCUUUGCUACCGAUCUAUUGAAAAGAACUAAAGUGAUCUAAGAUAGGUAUAACGAUCUUGAGAAUAAAUACAAUUAAAAUUUUAACUUGAUGCAUGAGAAGCUAAAUGAAGAACUUGAUAAAAUUCUUACAACUUUUACAGAAUUAGAUAUAAAUGAUGAAAAUUUGAAUAACUUCUAAUUUAACUCAUAAAUCUUUAUAAACAAUAACUCACCCAUAAAUAUUCAAAGAGCCUCUAGCUAAAUAGAUUAUUCAACUCAAAUCAAUACUGAUAAUGAAGAAAGAUAAAAGCAUGCUAAAAAGUAAGACAAAUCUGAAUAGCUUGAAAGGAAGGAAGGAGACUCUUAACAUCUAACUUAGCUAUUAGCCAAGAAAGAAAGCCAUGAAAAUAUAUUAAAAAACAAUGUCAAAUUAAUAGAAGAGUUGCAAACAAUUUAGAGAGACAUCAACUUUUAAACAAUUAAAAACAAAUUCCCUUACAAAGUCUAUUAAGACUGUUGUCCUCAUUCAAUUAAAUGCAACACAGUCCCUAUUUUUGAAUGCUGUAAGCAAGCUUAUUAAUGUACAAUAUGCCAUGAUUAGUAAUCAAAUCAUAGACACCUAAUGACUAAUCCAUCAAAAAGAUAUUGUCUGAAAUGUUUUAAAGUAUUUAAUGUCAAAUAUUAUACAAACAUAGCAAUUAACUGCAAAGAUUGCCUCACAGUAAAAAUCAAAAAGUGA